UGCAAUCGAACGACGUCGUGAAAGAUGGGCUAAAAACCGAGUUGAUAUUCAACGACGACGCCUUUGUUGAUUAGCUGAAAAAACAAGUCUCUCUGUCUCUGAACGAAUCCGAUAUCCAGCCAUUGCCAUAUCACCUGGUUGAGGAGGAAGAGAGGAAGAUGCUGAGGGUAGCCGCGAGGAGGCUCUCAUCUCUACCAUGGAGGUCUACGCAAGCAACCUCCUCCGUCGUCCAUCGAAGUCAUCGUAUUUCUACUAAUGAUCAUGACGCCGAUGACUUGUCUUCUUCCAGAUCCGUCCUCUCUCCCGAUCGUGACUCCUUCACUCGUGAUCUAAUCAGAGGGUUUUCUUCUGAAGCUCUUGCCCCAGGACAUGAUCUGGGUAUGAUCUCAGAUAUCCCAGCUACAGUCGCAGCAGUGAAGAAUCCUACUUCAAAAAUUGUAUAUGAUGAGCACAAUCAUGAGCGUUUUCCACCUGGUGACCCCAGCAAACGUGCUUUUGCCUACUUCGUCCUCACAGGUGGCAGGUUUGUGUAUGCCUCGUUAAUUCGUCUUCUUAUCCUCAAGUUUGUUCUGAGCAUGUCUGCCAGCAAAGAUGUCCUUGCCCUUGCAUCCCUUGAGGUAGAUCUCUCCAGCAUUCAGCCCGGGACCACUAUUACUGUCAAGUGGCGUGGGAAGCCAGUUUUCAUCAGGCGACGAACUGAAGAGGAUAUUAGGUUGGCUAACAGUGUUGAUGAUGCCUCCCUUCGUGAUCCUCAGGAGGACUCAUCCAGGGUUAAGAAUCCUGAAUGGCUUGUGGUAGUUGGGGUUUGCACCCACUUGGGGUGCAUCCCAUUACCCAAUGCUGGUGACUUUGGUGGGUGGUUUUGCCCAUGCCAUGGUUCACACUAUGACAUCUCUGGCAGGAUCCGCAAGGGGCCAGCACCUUUCAAUUUAGAGGUUCCUACUUACAGCUUCUUGGAUGAGAAUAAAUUGCUUAUUGGGUGAGAAUUUCUGCAAGAAUUUUUUUGUGGAGCAUUUGGUUUGUGAUCAUAAUAGACGUUGUCCCUUGCACCUGGGAACGACACGACAGUUUUGCAAAUUUCUUCAAUUUUUUUUUUUUUUUAAUGUUGGCGUUUAGCUUAAUGCUUUUUCAUAUGAGCAAUGUACUUGCUGUCAUUACUUGACCAGGUUAUAAUUUUUGGGAAUAAUACACCUGGAUGUUGCUUAGCAUUCUCAGGUUAAUCGUAUGAAGAAUUGAAAUUUUUUGGAA